CGUACAAUAAAAGGUGUUUCUGUGUUGUCGAAGAGAUUCGGAACGAUCGAUGCUGAUGACACAAAAAAUUGUAUGUUGUUGGGUACUUCUUGUCCCAGUAAAACAUGUGAAGCAGACAUUAAAUAAUGUUGUGGAGAGGUCGGUGCAUGAGAGGUACAUAAACUUGCUAGGCAAUCUGAUUUGGUAGUAACAAUCUUUUCGAUUUUCUCUGGUCUGGAAGGUAAUCUUGGGCACCCACUGUAACUCAAGGAAGACAUGGAGUGUAAUGGAGGAAAAAAGUCUCACGUUGUAGUGAUAUCAUAUCCUGCAACGGGGCACACUAAUCCCAUGCUGCAAUUCUCAAAGAAGUUAGCCUCAAAAGGUUUGCUCGUUACCUUCGUAAGCUUCAACAUCAAUAAGGAGAAAGUAACACAGGCUAAGGAGUAUGUGCAGAGGCUUAAGUUGGACAUACGAUUCGAAUGCAUUCCUGAUGGUCUUCCAGAGAAUAAGAACAUAAUCGACUCAAAUAUGAAUCCGGCAGUGUUCAACCACAUGCAGAACAACAUGGAUGGAUCGGGAGUGGAAGAUCUGAUCCGACGGUUGAAUGCGAGUGCUGACUCUCCUCCAGUGGGCUGCAUUAUAUACAACUCGUUUCUUCCGUGGGUUCCACCCGUUGCAAACAAACUCAACAUUCCUCAUGCUUUCUUCUGGACGCAGUCUGCUGCUGUCUUCUCCAUUUAUUAUGACUCUCUAAAAAGUGAGAGGUGGAAGAGCAGCAGAAUGCCUCAAAACGUCAUCAUCCCUGGCCUUCCUGAGCUGAAAUUGUCCGAUUUGCCUUCCGCAUUCAUGGAUACAAAUGGCUUCCUAAACCAUUAUCUUCGCCAGUUGGAGAGCAUGAAGGAUGCCUCGUGGGUACUUGCCAAUACAUUCUAUGAGCUAGAGCCUGAAACAAUCAACUCCCUAAGAUCAAACUCUCUUCCUUUCCUCCCAAUCGGCCCUUCCAUACCCUCGGCUUUUCUUCAGGGGGGAAAUCCAGAGGACAGGCAGGUGGGCACGAAUCCUUGGAAAGCCACCGACUGUAUGGAAUGGCUGAACAGGAAGCCCCCGCUGUCGGUCUUAUACAUUUCAUUCGGCAGCAUAGCUGUCAUAAGCCCAGAGCAAAUCAAAGAACUGGCUGUGGGUAUCCAGCAAAGUGGCCAAAACUUCCUGUGGGUCAUCCGGGCCCCUCCAGGACACGGUCACAUUGGUGAAGUUCUGCCCACUGGGUUCUUGGAGGACACCAUGGAAAGAGGUUUAGUGGUGGAAUGGUGUUGUCAAGUGGAAGUUCUUUCUCAUCCCUCUGUGGGGGUGUUUAUGAGCCACUGCGGUUGGAAUUCUACCUUGGAUGGUUUGAGCUUGGGAGUUCCUGUGCUGACUUUGGAGAUUUGGACAGAUCAGCCCACCAACGCUAAAUGUUUGGCGGAUGUUUGGAAAACAGGUUUGAGAAUGAGAAAGGGAGAAGAUGGGAUUGUGACAAGGGACGAGAUUCAGAGAUGCCUAAGAAUUGCAUUUGAAAGCGAACAAGGAAAUCAACUGAGAACCAAUGCUCUCCGGUGGAAGGAAUUAGCAACAAAUGCUUGCAGUGAAGGCGGCUCCUCUGACAUCAAUCUCAAACAGUUUAUCCAGGAGACCAUUGCCAGAGAAAAACUGUAGUUUUCGUUUUUCUACUAUAGUACUUCUAUAGUACUUCUGAGAUAGUAUAAUAGUGGAAAAUUUGUAUUUUAAAAGAAAAGUCGUAAGUUCAAAUCUUAUAAAAGAUAAUGUAGGUACGUUUCGUUUGUAGCAUAGUUAGGUGCCUCUUGCAUGGAAUAUAGAGUCUACUUUCAUAUUCUAAAAGUCUCAUUUGUAACACAGUUAGGUGCUUCUUGCAUAGAGUAGGAGUAGUCUCAUAUUCUAUAAGUCUUGUUUGUAGUACAGUUAGGUGCCUCUUGCAUGGAGUAGAGAGUAGUCUCAUUUUUUAAAAGUCGCAUCUGUAGCACAGUUAGGUGCCUCUGCAUGGAGUAGAGAGUAGUCUCAUAUUCUAUAGGUCUCAUGUGUAGCAUAGUUAGGUGCCUCUUUCAUGGAGCAAUCUCAUAUUCUAUAAGUCAUCUGUACACCUAGAAAUGUCAUUUUUCAUAGCUUUUAAAAAAAUGUGUCAGUAAUUAUGUUUUUUAUUGAAUGAUAUGGUAUUCUGUGAAGUUGGAAUCAUUCUUUAACCUCUUUAUCUAUUUACUUAUAUCUAUAUUUUGAAACA